CACCACACCUCAGCAAGCAUGGAGGACGCGCUGCGGGCGCUGCAUCAGCUCUCGCUGCCGGCGCCGUCGCCUGCGCAGCUGCUCGACCUGCUCGACUCGCACUCCGACGCCGCCGAGCGCGUGGCCCAGCUCAUCGCGCUCGCCUCGGCGCCGGGCGAGGGCAGCGAGGGCGAUGCGGCGGACCUGCUCGGCGCCGACCUGCUCACGCAGGCCGUGCGGGCCAUCCUCGCCAACCUGGCGUCGGCCCUCGAGGCGGCGCGUGCGGCACACGAGAAAGAGAGGGAGCAGCUGCAGAAGCCGGCGGCGGUCAAGAUGCUGCCGCGCAAGGCGCAUGUGGCGCGCUCCACGGCAGCGCUCAAGCGGGCCGCGCGCGCCGAGGAGGAGAGCGGCCCGAUGCGCCCCCGGCUCGUCUUUGACGGCGGCCCGAGCUACGUCUCGCGCGCGAGCCUCGCCGAGCUCGAGCCCAUCAGCGCCGCAGACAUGAAGCUUGUCCCGAGGCGCUACGAAGGCCGCGUCCUGUACUUGCGGACCGUCGCGCCGCCGGUGCCCUACGUCGGCCUGCUGCUGGAGGGCGAGGACGUGGCUGGCAACAUCGUGCCGGUCGCAGUGUCGCACGCCACAGUGCAGCCUCAAGGCAUGGACGCUGCCGCCGCGCUGUUUCCCGUGGGCACGUUGAUCGCGAUCAAGGAGCCAUACCUCUCGCCAAACUACGCAGCGCGCGCCGCUCCGGGCAAGCCGCUGGCCGGCAUCCGCAUCGACUCGCCGACGGAUCUGAAGGUCUUCCGGAAGGGCGAGACUGGCCCGCCCGGCUUCGAGCUAGCGCCCGCUGCUCCUGCUGCAGCCUCGGCAUCGCUGCCCUGGCUCGAUGACCCUGUCGCUCUCGAGACAUCUUCGGAGCAAAGCGCUGCAGUGACUGCCCUGCUGGCUGCCGGCCGACCAGGUGCGGCGUGGCGGUUGCUGCAACGCGCGCGUACUGCCGAGAAGAGUGCCACGCCCGAACACCUCGCACUCGAGGGGCGCAUCAGAUAUCACGCAGAAGACUGGGCGGGAGCGGCAGCCGCAUUCGAGGAAGCCAUGGCCCUCUCUGAGGCGAGCGCCGGCUCGGACCUGCAAGACGGCGCGCAGUCUCUCGGCGACGGCGCGCAGUCACUCGGCGACGGCGGCAUCCUGCCUCCGAUGCCGCUGCAGGCCUGCCUCCGACAGGCUCGAGCUCACGCCGAGCGGUUCACACUAGAGCCAUCGGCGGCCGAAGUGCGGGGCCUGUACUUCGCGGCCGCAGCGGGAGCGCGGCGGCUGGACGUGCGCACCUACGUCGGCCCAGCUGCGGUGCGGGACAUCGAGGGUGCCGGUCGCGGCCUGGUGGCCACACGCGACGUGCAGCCGGGCGAGGUCAUCCUCCUGUGCCGCGCCGUCGCUCCGCAGUAUCCCUCCGGCCCGCCCGUGCUGCGCCUGAACCUCGAGAACGGGCUCGUCUCGACCAGCAGUCAGAUUGCUGCCCAGUCUGGGCUCAUCCAUGCCCUUGUCGACCGGCCCGAGCUCCAGCUGCCCGUGCUCGGCCUCACCGCCGGUCCCGACCUGCCGUACUCCGCCUUCGUGCGCGAGCCGUACCCCGUCAGCGUGCCUUCGCUGCGCGAGGAUGCACACGAGCGCCCAGCCGUCGAUGCGGCAUACGUCGACGGAGUGCUCCGCUUCAACGCCUUUGGGCCGUCGGCAGCGAUCGAUGCCGCCAGCGGAGCAGUCUUCCCUCGCGCCAUGCCGCACCCGCUGCCGGCCAUCCUCAACCACGCGUGCCUGCCCAACGUCUCGACGACGUUCCACGGCGACGUCCUCCUCUCGCGCGCGCUGGUGCCGCUGCCCAAGGGCAUCGAGAUCGUGCAUCCGUACGUCCGAGGCGAGCUGCCGUACGCGGUGCGGCAGGCGCAGCUCAGCAAGCAUGCAUUCCAGUGCGCCUGCGAGCUCUGCCGCCUCGACGCUGCGGAUGGCGACGGUGCGCAGAUGCGCGCGCGCCUCGUCGCCGGAGAGCUGCCUGCGAUUCUCGCCCGCAGCGGGUCCGUGCUCAAGAUGCGCGUCAACGCCACCGAGGCUCCAGACGCAAAGGAGCGCGAGGCACACGAGGACAUCGUCGAGGCACUGGAAGGCAUCAUUGAUCGCAUGGCCGCCACGUACCAGCCAGGCCGGGGCAGCCUGCGCCCGGAGCUCUUCGACGUCUUCCGCAGCUGCGCAGCACACCGCGCCGUGACGGACCCGAGCCGCUCGGCACAGUGUGAGCUCGACGCUCUUGCGUGCGCCGGCGCCGAGGCACGCGAGGACUGGGCUGCGCCCCACAGCGGCACGGGCGAGCCAGCUGCCGUCCUGUCGCGCCUGCCGGCGCUGCACCUCGACGCGUCCAUCGAAGCCAUGCUGGCCAGCAGCACGAGGCUGGAGGCCAGCGGCCAGCCCGAGUGCGCGAUCCGCUGGACGGCCACGGCCGUGUGGGCGCACGACUGCAUCAUCGGCGGCGGGCUGGACGUCCUCGUCGACCGCUUCGGCGAGCGCUACGGGCCGGCGCUGCGCCUCUGGCAGCAGCGCUUCGGCAGGCCAUAG